AUGGAUUACAAUACCGAAUUGGAUCAGAGCAUUAAUACGGGCAACAUCAGCACCGAUGAUUUUUUGGCCAUAUUUACAUCUUCCACAGCGGCCACAACAGCAAUAACAAAUGAGGCCGGUGGUGGCCCUGGUGGUGGUGGCGGCCUCAAGGGCGGUGGAGUUCUAAAUCAUACAGCAACUAUGAAUCCGCCCCUCGUUACCAUCGAUGGCCAAUACACUGUCACCAGUUUAAUUGACACCGUGUUUGGGCCCACCGCUCCCAACCCCACAGCAGAUCUUAACGACACACUCUUCCUGCUCUCCUCCAGUUUCUAUAAUACCUCGGCUGCAUCGGCGGCAGCAGCCGCAUCUCCUACCAUAAAUCUUACCUCCUCCACCACCACCCAAUUCGGCAACUAUUUCAAUCAGACAUUUGGUGGCAAUCUUACGAGCAAUAUCACCGAAGUCCACUGGGACGGACGUUAUCCCAGCGGCUAUACCCUAACACACAUUGUGAUAGCAUCGAUUAUCGUCACCAUACUCAUGAUCAUUAUAAUUGUGGGCAACAUGCUGGUCAUUAUUGCCAUCGCCACAGAGAAAUCAUUGAAGAACAUCCAGAAUUGGUUUAUUGCCUCGCUGGCGGUGGCCGAUUUCUUUUUGGGCCUCAUCAUUAUGCCCUUUUCGCUAGCCAACGAAUUGAUGGGUUAUUGGAUAUUCGGGUCGUGGUGGUGUGACAUCCACUCGGCCAUGGAUGUGUUGUUGUGCACCUCGUCCAUAAUGAAUUUGUGUCUGAUAUCGCUGGAUCGCUAUUGGAGCAUAACGAAGGCGGUGGAUUAUUUAAAAUCACGUACACCGGCACGUGCAGCUUUAAUGAUUGCAGCCGUUUGGAUAAUGUCGGCGCUGAUAUGCAUACCACCGCUGUUGGGUUGGAAGGUGAAAAUGCCUGAAGGUCCUUUGCCAAAGUGUGCGCCUGUAGUUAGGUGGAUGGGUACUUCUAAUGAGGUUAUAAAGUAUUUGUUUUUGGAUUUACGUUUUCGGGAAAUUCGUGAGGAAAAUUAA